AUGACCAGGUUUUUUUGUUGCUUUCCUCGAUUGUUUCAAGACAAAAUAUGAGUUUAAUUAAAGAAAUGAACUUUUUAAAAUCGAAAAAAAAAAGACUUUUUCAUGAGAAAAAACUGUUGAAACAUUUUUUUUUUGUCAUUUUUUUCAUAUUUUUUUCCCACAAUAGCAUCAUUCCAAUCGAUUUUGUACCUUAUUCUCGUUAUCGCAAAUGUAAUUUUUCUUUUUAUUAAUACAAAAUUUCUAUAUUUCCUUUUUACAUAUCAUCUUUUUUUUCUUCAGUUCCUGUGAUAUUUUCCCGAAAUGAUAGUGGUUUUAUUGCAUAUUUUCCUUUGGGUUCAUUUUUUUCCUGUUGAAACGACUAAUUAUCCGGGUUUUUUUCUUUUUUUAUUGUGUGAGAAUAUUGGUUUUUUUGGGGAGGUUGUGCAAUGAAGUUUUUUUGGAAUUUUUUUAUUUUCUUGAUGGUUUUUUUGAAUUUUUAUGUUUUUAAUCAUAAUGAUAUCUCGUCUUUUGUAGGAAAGAAAAUGUUGAAUUUGAAUUUUUGAGAAAAUCACCGUUGAAAAUGGUGUUUUUCACGUGUGACAACUGCUCGGAGGCCCUGAAAAAGAAUCAGGUUUGACUUUUUUGAAUUUUUUGUUUGAAAAAGAACAUUUUGAGGUUGAAAAACAUACGUAUCGAUGUAGAAGUUCAACAUAUAGCUGCAUCGAUUGUCAGGUGGUUUUUCACGUGAGUUUUCAUUUAUUCAAUUGAAAUUUCUAUCAAUUUUUGGGAGAAAUUCGGGUUUUUUUAGUGGUAAAAAUUUCUUUGAAAUUGAAGAUUUUAACGAUUUUGACGUUUAAUUUUGAAUUUUACCGGUUCAAAAUAGGCCCCAAUUUGAAGAUUGUAAUAAUUUUGAAGUUUGAAGUUGAGUUUUAAGAGGUAGAAAUAGCUUGAAAUUGAAUAAUUUUACGAUUUUGACGUCUAAUUUUGAUCUUCUUACGGUCAAAAUAACUUCGAAAUUAGAGAUUUUGAGAAAUUUCACCUUUUUUCCCUGAAAAAUCAAAAACGUAGACCCUUUUACCCAUGAAAAAUUGGAAUUUAUGAACUUUUUUUCUCAAAAAAUUCACCGAUACUUCACCGGCUUCCAGUGAAUUUUCAGUAAAACUUGGAAUUUCGCAGGAUUUUUUUUUCUUUUUUUUCUGGGACGAGAAAUACGACCUUUUUACCAAGAAAAAUGGAAUUUUUUUCGAAUUUUUAAAUUACGGAUUUUAACGGUUUCCAUCAGAUUCUCGCAAAAAUUUGAAGUGCAUCAGAUUUUUCUUGGAAUUUUUUUCCCUUAAACGCUCUGGGUUUCAACAUUUUGCUAAUAAAAAAAUAGAAAAAUCUUGAAUUUUUUUAUGUGCAAAUUCAACAUUUCCACCGGUUUUCAAUCGAUUUUCAGUAUAAUUUGGAGCUCCUCGUUUUUGCGACUUCAAUUUCAAUUUUUUCGUAAAGAUUCGACUUUUUUUACCAAGAAAAAAAUUGAAAAUUUUUGAAUUUUAACUUGAAAUUUAUCAUUUUCAACAAGUUUCCAGUAUAAUUUGGGUGCUCUGGCUUGAAAAAAUAUAUUUUAAAAAAUUGAAUGAGUUUUCAGAGAGUAUUCCUACGCGGCACACGUCAAGUGCAUCACUGAAAAUCAAAAAUACGGCGGCAAAAAUUACGUUGAAAAGGAGGCAAAGGUAAUUUUUUCGAAAAUUUUGAAUUUAAUACGCCUCAGUGCUUUUUUUGUAGUUCAGGUUAGCUGAAAAUAAGGUUACCAUAAUAAACUUAGUUUCCGGUUUCGUUUCCUUUAAAAAAAGCGGAAAUUUAAAAAUUUUGCUUGGCUAUCGGUACUUGUUGCGUGAAAGUAAUUAUUUUAAUAAGUUUAGGAUUUUUUUCAAUUUUUUUAUAUUGGUUUCACAAUUUUUUUGAUUUUUGCGUCAUUCAUUUUUUUAUUCGAAAUAUGGAUUUUAGUUGUAAAAUGAAGUGGUUUUUUUCAAGUUUUAGAGACGAAAUUUUUCUGAUUUCUGCAUUUUUUUCCAGUUUCUCAGAGGGGAAAAAAAUUUUUUUAGAACCUAGAAAAGGACAAAUUUUAGCUCAAUUUAUCAAUCGAAUUUUUUUCUAAUAAAGUUUCUUCUGCUUUUUUUUCAAACUAAAUUCAAAAAAAUUACGCCUAUUCAGUAUAAGAAAAUGAAAAAAAUCUAUAAAAAUCUGUAUGUGAAUCGCACUUUUUUUACUAUUUUUUUCUCAUUUUUCAAGGUAAAAUAUCAUUUAUAUCAUAUAUAAUCUUGAAAAUGACAAAUUUAAGCUCAAAUUUUUGAUUGAAUUUUGGAAAAAUUACUUUUUCUCCACGGGGAACAAAACAGUUAAUAUGUCUCUAUCUAAGGGAUGACUUUACAUCCCUAUAGGGGCCACUUGAACUCACAAAAGUGGUCACUAAAAAGGAUCUACCCGUCUUUUCAAUUUUUAAGUCUGAAAAAAUAAAUAAAUAAAAAAAACCUCGUUUGGGACUAAGUAAGCUUUAGCGGCUUAGGGGUCAGAGUUUAAACCCCUGUAGGGACCACCGAAUUUUUACUUCUAUAGGGGCCACUAUUUUUCCCCUAUAGGGACCAUUCUGGCGUCUCAAAGUUCUUCGAUUUCCAGGGCGAAGUGAAGCAAAAUGCGUGGUGUGAACAAGUUUCCCGUGCGAUUGAAGACGUCAGAGAUCCUCAAAUCAAGAAACUCCUUCAAAGUGUCCAAGGCUUUGGAAAUAUUCCAAGAAAGGUGCAGUUUCUGGGCCAGUUUUCUGUGAAAAUGGUGUGAAAAUAGGCUUUUUUUAAAGAUUUUAAUCUUUAAAAAAAGUGAAAAAAACCUCCUAUUUUUUUGAAAAAAAUCGUUCAUUUUUGGAAUUUUAUCUUUUUUUUUCAAUGACAGUUCGUCGGAAUAUCCUCGGUUUUUUUAUUUUAUUUCGCCCUUUUUACUGUCUCCAUUUAUUUUGGUAUAUAUAGCAUAAUUUUCAAAAAAGUUAUUUUUUUAAAAAGAAUCAUGAAGAUGGUUUCCAGUGGAAAAUUAUAAAAAUGAUAUUUAUUUUAUUCCCAAGGGAUUGACAACUUGACAAUGGAAAGAAUCAUUUCCAGGAGGCCAAAUUUAUCAAUUUCCUCAUGAAUUCCUGCAAACUGCGCGACCGUUCCGUGGCCCAGAGGACGUGGGCGGCGAUCGCCGAAGAAGCCGAAAAGAUGCGGAAAGACGCCGAAGAGAAGAACAAACUGUUGGCCGCCGCCAAGGCUCAGAAAUCGGCUGAGGUAACAGUUUUUUUGUGGGCAGGUAACUCAGCGCGUGUACCUGUGUUAAUCCUAAGUUUUUCGGUCUCAAAAAGUCGGUCCGUUUGGCCGGUUUGGAAAACCAGGCCUCUCUGCAAGUUUGCUCCAUGGAACAGUUCGAUUUUCGGACUUUUUUCUUCCAUUUCUCAGUUUUCGAUUAUCUGUGAUAUAUGCUCCUUACUUUGAACUAAACAAUUUUUUCUUUGUUAUCGUUUUUUUUUGGAAUUCUGCUUCUUGCCUCAUUUACAUAUAGUUUACAUGAGAACAUCGUUCAUGAUUUUUAAUUUGCAAUUUCUGAUUUUUAUGAAAUGCGGUAACCAUCGUAUUUUGCUCACGAAAAACGAUAUAGAUAGAAGAAAAAAAUAACGGAAAAAAAUUGAAAAAAUUAAAAAAAGAGAAAAAAAGUCUGAAAUUCGAAGUGUUCCAUGGAGCAAACUUGCGGCGUGACCUAGUUUUCCAAAAAGACUAAUUUUUUUGAACGUCCCUUUUUCAUGUUUUUUCUCCUUUUUUGUUGAUUUUUUUCAAUUUUCUAAUUUUCAGACGGCCACAGAAUUGGCGGAACAAGCUUCAGUUGCUGACGAAAACGAUGGAAAAACAGAGGUUGACACUUUUCUUUUCUAUUUUUUAGAAGCUCAUCCAGUUUAACUUCAGGAAUCGCAAAUUUCCGAGCAGUUCAAGUGGAAAAAAGCGAUCAAGAGGAAGUUGAAAGAGGCCGGCGGCGAAAUGAAGGUGAAUUAUUGAUUUGAUGAAUAAAAAAAAUGAAAAAUUAUCGACUUUCUCGAUCAUUAGUCUUCACACAGUUUAUUGAUAAUUUAUACGCGAUAUCGCUGUUUUGAAGGUAGGAUGAAUUGAAGAGAUAACACAACACAAAUAAUAAAUCACACAAGAAAAAAAUUUAAAGUUCAAAUAUUAAAAAUUUCUGAUAAGAAGUGUGCGCUGACUUGUGCGUCAGGCCGGGGCGACCUGGCCCAUGCUUUGGACCUUCAUUUUUUUAAGAAAAAAAUUGCGCAGGCUCGGGCCAGGCCGGGCUUCGAAAAAAUCUUAAUUUUAAAAAAUUUCACCGAAAUUUCUUUUUUUUUUACGUUUUGAAUCAUAGUUUUUAAUGACUCUAUGAGAAAAAAUAUACGAAAACACCCCUUUUCUCGUUAAAAAGCAAAAAAGCUGGCUGACUGGCCGGCCUUCGCACAAGCCUGCUCCGCCGUCAGAAAUGUUCGUCUGAGCACAUUCUAUCGCACGCCAGUUUUUCUCUUCACGUCCACCCUUUUUAAAACGCCGUUAACGGUAUCAGAGAUGCACGAGAAGCGAUCUCGUCUCGAGAUCAAAAAAUCCCGUUUCGUGCACCCCUACUCUACUGAAAUCGUGCAAAGUGCAGUGCCUAUGCUGGCAUUCUGCAAAAAAGCUUCAUGCAUUUUGCAAAUCCGUGCUUUGCAUUUUGCACAGAAGUACCUCGCAUUUUGCACUUUUUUCGUCUGUACAAAAGUGAGCCCAAAAAGAAAUGCAAAAUGCGAGGUUCUUCUGUGCAAAAUGCAAAGCUCUGAUCUGCAGAAUGCGUGCAACUUUUUUUGCAGAAUGCCAGCAUAGGCACUGCACUUUGCACGAUUUCAGUAGAGUAAACGGUAUCAUUUUGAUUGCUUCCAGGUGAAAAAGCUGCGAAAAGAGCUUCUGAAGGAGUACGCAGCGACGACGGGCGAAGAAGCCGAUGAUGAGACUUUCGACGCGAAACUUUCCAAAUCCGGCGUCCGAGUCGAAGGAAAACUCGUCCUUCUUUCUUGA